GCCGGGCCGGACGCCUGCGCAGUGCGUCUCCGAGGUGCGCAGUGGGUCUGCGAAGUGCGCAGUGGCGGUCGCGGACGGGCCUAGCCCCGUGGCUGUCGUUAGGGUUGCGCGCGCCUGGGGUCGUUGGAGUUGGGCACCAGUGGCCGCGAGGCGCAGAGCCCUGAUUCCCCGGCCGCGAUCUGUGAGCGGACACCAUGUCUAUCUUCACCCCCACCAACCAGAUCCGCCUGACCAACGUGGCGGUGGUUCGCAUGAAGCGCGCAGGCAAGCGCUUCGAAAUCGCCUGCUACAAGAACAAGGUGGUGGGCUGGCGCAGCGGCGUGGAGAAAGACCUGGACGAGGUCCUGCAGACUCACUCCGUGUUCGUGAACGUCUCCAAAGGCCAGGUCGCUAAGAAGGAAGACCUCAUCAGUGCUUUCGGCACCGACGAUCAAACAGAAAUCUGCAAAAAGAGACCAUACACUGUUAUCCUUAUUGAGAGAGCCAUGAAGGACAUCCACUAUUCAGUCAAGCCCAAUAAGAGUACAAAACAGCAGGCUUUAGAAGUGAUAAAGCAGCUGAAGGAAAAGAUGAAGAUUGAACGUGCUCACAUGAGGCUCCGGUUCAUUCUUCCAGUGAAUGAAGGGAAGAAGCUCAAGGACAAGCUCAAGCCGUUGAUCAAGGUUAUAGAAAGCGAAGACUAUGGCCAGCAGCUAGAAAUUGUGUGUCUGAUUGACCCAGGCUGCUUCCGGGAAAUUGAUGAGCUAAUACAAAAGGAAACAAAGGGCAAAGGUUCUUUGGAAGUUCUCAAUUUGAAAGACGUGGAAGAAGGAGAUGAGAAGUUUGAAUGACAUUCAUCAGUCUCUUCAGCUAUAAAACACUAAAAGGAGAUGUUUCUGUUUCUGGUAGCACUGUUCAAUUUCUGUGACUUGCCAAAAAAAGUGAUCAAUUUGACAUUUCUGUCUUGUGUUCAUGUGUGCAUAAAAAGACUUCCUUCAUGAGGAUAAUGUGGGAAUGACUUUGUUUUAAUUUUAAACAGGUGUUCUAAACACAAUGAAAACUCAAAAGUACCAAGUCCAGAGGGUCAUUGUGCUGCUGUCUCAGGCCUUUAUGGCACUCCAAAAUGAAAGCUUCCUGAGACAACUCUUGUGGCUAAAAAGUUAAGUUUUGUAUAUUAUAUAAGUAAGAUUAUUGGGAAAUAUGUCUGUAUGUUAAAAAGGAGUAUUUACUGGAAAAGAAAACGUGUAAUACAGCCUGUAAGGGUAACUAUCGUGUCAGUCAAGCUUGGAUGAUAACGUCCUGAUUAUCUGAAAUGGGCGUGUGGUGGCUGUAGGACUGAAUGAUGGUCAUUGAAUAUGCUGCCAAAACUCAGAUUGUCCUUGGUAAAAUAUAAAGUCAUUCGUUUCUAAUUCUUAAAGUUAUAUAACAUAUAUUAAAUACAGCUAAAAUUAUAUGUGAUCAAUAAACUACUACUAUUUUUGUUAAACUGGCUUGUGUUUGUAGACAGCUUGCUAACUCCUUUUCUCCAUCUACAGUAGGGUUGGAAGUUGUCAGGAGAAUUAAAUAAGCUGGUGUUAAUGAACAUGCCUAUCUGACAAACACCAAAUAAAUCUUAAUUUGGGGGAUGUAAUUGUUUUAUUUUGUUGAUAGCAGUUUUUAUUUACACCGUUAAAUCUUCUUAUCAAAAAAGAUGCAUGAGGAGGGUGGGCUUGGUAAUAGGGAUUGAACUCAGGGGUGUUUAACCACUGAAGAACAUCCACAGAACUUUUCAUUUUUUAUUUUUGAGAUGGGGUCUUAUUAAGUUGCUUAGGUCUCAAUUACUGAGGCUGGCCUGGAACUUGGGAUCUUUGUGCCUCAGCCUCCUGAGUGGCUGAGAUUACAAAUGUGUACCACCAUGUCCAAGUCUUCUGUUACUGGCAAUGAUUUAUGUAUUAAAACUUUAAGCUUUUGAAAGUCU